AUGGCUACUAAAUACGCCCUUAUAACUGGAGCAUCGUCAGGUAUUGGAUAUGAUUUAUCAAUUGAAUUAUCAAAAAAAGGUUAUAAAGUAAUUGGAUGUUCACCUCAACAAUUUCUAGUUGAUCAAAAACCAUUGGAAGAAAAAUAUGGAGUUAUAUCAUUACCAUUAGAUAUUACAAACAAAGAACAAAUCAAUAAAUGUUUUGAAAAAGUAAAUGAAAUUACUAAUGGGAAAUUAUCAAUAUUAUAUAAUAAUGCAGGUAUUGCAAUAAUUGGACCAGCUAUAGAUAUAGAUGAAGAUAAAUUAGAUAAAUUAUUUCAAGUUAAUGUAAUUGGUCAUAUAAAUGUUACAAAAAAAUUUGCACCAUUGGUUAUAGCAGAUAGAGGUACAAUAGUUUUUACAUCAAGUGUUGCUGCAAGAGUUCCAUUAAGUUGGAUAUCAGCUUAUAAUUCAACAAAAGCAGCUAUAGAUGCUUAUGCAUUAACAUUACAUGGAGAAAUGAAACCAUUUGGUGUAAGAGUUCAUAGUGUUAUUACUGGAGGAGUAGAUACAAAAAUUAAUGAAAAUGGAUCAUUUGAACAAAUUGAUUCUUUUUAUAAUGUUCCUGGUUUUUUAGAAAGUGUUUUAACUGCUUCUUCAAUGACAAAAACAGAUAGUGUAUCACCACAAGCUUACGCUAAAAAAGUAGUUAAAGAUUUGACAAGAUAUAGAGAUCCAGGGUUUAAUUUAUAUCAUGGUAAAAAGGCAUAUUUAUUACAUUGGAUAAGUAGAUAUUUACCACUUUGGUUAACUGAAUUUUUCAUACAAGCUCAUUUCAGACAAUUAAAAGUGCUUAAAUAUAUUGCUACCUUGGCUAAUAAAGGUAAGUUUGCAAAAACUAAUGAUAAAAAUUUUGUAGUUAAGGUUUAUAAACCUGGUGAUACGGUUGAAAAAUAG